CCCUGGCUCCCCCGGGAGGCCGGCCGCGGGGCGGGGGCAGGGGCGGGGAGGCGCGGGGGAGUGGUCAGGCCGGUUAAGAUCGGAGGGGGCGGCGGCGGGACCGCUCACUCGCGGCAGCUGCCUGGGGGCCAUAGUCACCGCGCCGCUCCUGCUGGGGGCUGCCCACGCCAACCACCUGCCUCUGUCGCCUCCUCUUCCAGCGCCCAGCUCCCCCUGGCCAGAACAUCCCCCAAGAUGGCAGAGGAGGGCAGCAGUACCAGGGACUGUGAGUCUAUCAGCGUGCUCAACUGGGAUCAGGUUAGCCGGCUGCAUGAGGUCCUGACCGAGGUCGUACCCGUCCAUGGACGAGGCAACUUUCCCACCUUGGAGAUAACCCUUAAGGACAUUGUCCAGACAGUCCGCAGCCGGCUGGAGGAGGCAGGCAUCAAAGUUCAGGAUGUCCGACUGAAUGGCUCUGCUGCUGGCCAUGUUUUGGUCAAAGACAACGGCUUGGGUUGCAAAGAUCUGGAUCUGAUCUUUCAUGUGGCUCUUCCCACAGAGGCAGAAUUUCAGCUGGUGAGAGAUGUGGUUCUGUGUUCCCUUCUGAACUUUCUGCCGGAGGGUGUGAACAAGCUCAAAAUCAGCCCGGUCACCCUGAAGGAGGCGUAUGUGCAGAAGCUGGUGAAGGUUUGCACAGAUGCAGACCGCUGGAGCCUAAUCUCCCUGUCCAACAAGAAUGGGAGGAAUGUUGAGCUCAAGUUUGUUGACUCCAUCCGGCGGCAGUUCGAGUUCAGCGUGGACUCCUUCCAGAUCAUCCUAGACUCUCUGCUUUUGUUCUAUGACUGCUCCAGUAAUCCCAUCUCUGAGCAUUUCCAUCCCACGGUGAUCGGGGAGAGUGUGUAUGGGGAUUUUGAGGAAGCCUUUGACCAUCUUCAGAACAGGCUGAUCGCCACCAAGAACCCUGAAGAAAUCCGAGGCGGGGGUCUUCUUAAGUACAGCAACCUUUUGGUGCGGGACUUCAGGCCUGCAGACCAGGAGGAAAUCAAGACCCUGGAGCGUUACAUGUGCUCCAGGUUUUUCAUCGACUUCCCAGACAUCCUGGAACAGCAGAGGAAGCUGGAGACCUACCUUCAAAACCACUUUGCCGAAGAAGAGAGAAGCAAGUACGACUACCUCAUGAUUCUUCGCAGGGUAGUGAACGAAAGCACCGUGUGCCUCAUGGGGCACGAGCGCAGGCAGACCCUGAACCUCAUCUCACUCCUGGCCUUGCGAGUGCUGGCAGAACAAAACAUCAUCCCCAGCGCCACCAACGUCACCUGUUACUACCAGCCAGCCCCUUAUGUCAGCGAUGGCAACUUCAACAACUAUUACAUUGCCCACCCUCCAGUCACCUACAGCCAGCCUUAUCCUACAUGGCUGCCCUGUAACUAACCUUAAGACCUGAGGGUUUCCACAGUGGGAACCCGUUUAGGGCAGGGGCUCUCUGGUAGGAGAGCCUCCUCCUAGACGUAGGUGUUUGGCUUUUUAAAGGGGAACUCAGCUCUGAAUCUGCUUUUCUUUGUGAGCCCAUCGGAAUAGGUCCACAGACUAUGGCGAGCCAACCCUAAAAGGACCCAUAUUACAGUGCCACUCUGGAAGAUGCAAUAGGAAGUGUGACCUCUCUACAUCUUUCUAGGAUAGUCACUAACUUGUCACUCCCCAGAAAUUAGCACAUGGGAUUUGACCUCUGCACAGUCUCUGAGAUUGGGAGAAUUGGGCGGCGUAUGAGAAGCAUUAAAGGCCCUCUUCUCAGCUAAGCCCACAGUCCUGUGCAGGCUCUCAUUCAGGAUUCUCAGCAGUUACACGGAAGCUGUGCUGAUAGUCUCUUACUGUGUCCACUUUAGUCAGCCCCCCCAAACUGGUAAACACGAGGGUGCUCUUUGUGACCGAAGUUUCAUUCAUGGGACUGAGUUGUGUGUGUCUAGUCCCUGUCAGCAGAGCUGAGAGUUUCAUUCAUCAAUAAACCAAAGCCAAUAGCUGGAGACUUGAGAUCUGCUUGGAAGUGGUUUAUGGUAGAUGCUAGGCUGUAUCAAGGAAUUAUGAGAUAUUGUGGAGAAAAAAAAUGACCUUUUCUUGAAAUGUAACUUGAAAACAAAAUAAAAUAUGGAACAUAA